AUGCAAAUCGGCGGGGCGAUUCUGGCAAGACUCCAGUCGGCGCCGCCGAGAUGCAGCGGUCUGAUUGCUCAUCCAACCGAGUGAUAAUUGGAAGGACUCAUCUCGAGAUUUAUGACGCGACCCUUUGAACGCUUCUCAAAUGAGCCCCAGGAUCAAUUUCUCAGCUGGCUCGUCAGUCGUCAAGGUAAGAAGGACACCUGGGUGGGACAGCAGCAAAGGCAGAAGGAACGGCACCACCAGGAGCAGAACGGCGGUUUCCGGCGACGGUUCUUCUCGGCCCUCAGCACCGCCAUUCUUCGCGUGCUAUUCAGAACAUUUUGAUCUUCUGAAAGUUUGAUUUAAGAAAAAUGAUGAAUAGCGGGAGAGAUAAUUAAACGCUGAAAAGUAAAACAACGUUUAAAAAAACCUCAUAAAAUAGGUUACUUUAUGAUUAUUCCUAGCUAACUUCUUUGAAAAAGGAAAAAAUUGACAGAAGGUUCACAGAAACAAAGAAGAAAUGAAGAAAAUUAGCUGUGUCAAGUGGUUACGCGCAAAGAUAAGCCCAAUAUAACAUACAUGAGAAGGGAUUAGGGGAAAGAGAAGCCAACGAUGAGAUCGGAUGAAAGAAUCGCCCUUUUUCACAGUUUUUCCUUCUUCUUGAAUUAGAGCCUUCCUUCUACAAAGAAAUAUUUAUAUAAUUACUUUUCUGCUCAACCGUAUGUCAAUCCAAAAAAAAUUAUCAGCAACUUUCUUUUUUGGCCAAUCUUUUCUACGCACUAAACAUUAUGUAGGGAUAAAUGCGAUGGAAUUCCAGAAUGACCUCCAGAAAUAUAUCAAAUAUGUGAGGAACCCAUGGAAAGCCGGCUGGAACGGACCAAAAAAGAGAACAAGGGAUACGGCGACGUGGUUGUUAUAGAAAUACAUGGAGACACGCCUUAUUGGGCCGUAAAUCUCACAUCGAGCCGUCUAUUUCGAUCCAUGACCUCUUCCGGCAGAACAAAGCGAGAAAUAAACGGCGGUUCUAAUCGCUUCUUAAUUUCGUCGUCAACUGGCUUCAGUUGACUUUUUUUUUUCCUGUAUGCUCCCACCAUCACGAUUGCACGAUUGACGAAGCUGAAUAAUCAACUUAUUUUUUAGUUUUGGAUUUUGAAUAAAAUUCAAAAGCUCUUCCCCAGUAUUCAAGUUCAAAGCGAGGUUUGAAAAUUUAGAAGAAACUGUGGAAAGACCUGAGCCAUAGAGAUUAAUCAAUUAUCAUUUCUAUGAGAACAUUGUCUCUAUCAAAACUAAGAAAAUCUACAAAAAACGUAGGAACAUUAAUUACAAAGAAAAGAAGAUGAAGAAAAAGGAUUGCCGACGUCCUAUUCUUCGAAGCACCUGGAGAGACCGGCCUUUUUCAGAGGGAGAUUAUUAUACGAAGUGGAAAGAAGCAGCGGUCGCGUGAGAAGGUGCCGGAUAGCAUGUCUGCAGAGUCAUUGGCCCAUCGAGAUGAAUGUGCGACUCCAUUGUCGGUCGCUCAACGUGAUAGGUUGCCCAUUAUUCGGAUGGCGUAUGCUGCCCCAUCCCAGUUGGCAUCUUCCCUUUUCAAUAUGUUACAGAACGAUAUUACUGUUUCUUGAAUUAGGACUACUUCUUUCAGUGUGAAAAAGGGUUUCCUGAAUGUUCUACCUGCGGUUCUGAUCAGAAGGGUCCGACCACACAGUCGUAAGACUGCGUAA